AUGCGGGACGUGGUAAGCCCGAAGUGCGCCUGCGGGAGGGGGCGGCCUUCGUUCGGGCUCGAUGGCGGCAGGGCUACUCACUGCAGGACGUGCAAGACCGAACAUAUGCGCACGUGCAAGACCGAACAUAUGCGGGACGUGGUACACCCGAAGUGCGCCUGCCGGAGGGGGCUGCCUACAUUCGGGCUCGAAGGCAGCAGGGCCACUCACUGCAGCACGUGCAAGACCGAACAUAUGCGGGACGUGGUACACCCGAAGUGCACCAACGGGUGCGGUACGUCGGUCAAAAAGCGGUACAGAGGAUACUGCAUAAGGUGCUUCGUGUACCUGUUUCCCGACGAACCAGUAGCCCGUAACUACAAGGUCAAGGAGCAGCACUUCGCUGAUUACAUCAAGGCGGCAGGCGUUCUUCCAGAGCAUGCGGGGGUCACCUUCGACAAGCGGCUCCAAGGGGGAUGUUCGGGAAAGCGGCCCGAUAUCUUCGUGGACGUGUACACUCAUACGGUGCACUGCGAAAACGACGAGGAUCAGCACCGUGACGCUACGUGCGAGAGCAAGCGCACGAUGGAGCUCUUCCAGGAUGCCGGCGACCGCCCCCAGGUCCAGCUGCGGUUCAAUCCGGACGGCUUUACGUCUACGGACGGGAUCAAGCACCGGGGCUGCUUCAAGUACAACAAGCUCGGAGUGCCGGUAAUACGGGACCUGGCCACGUGGGAGGGGCGCAUGGGUGCGUUCAUCGAGCGCCUGCGUUACCAUCUCACCAACGUGCCGGAUCGCGAAGUCACGGUGGAGCAUAUGUGUUACGACGGCUACGAGUGGACUAGCAACAUAGAAGGCAGGAGACUAGGCCAGAAGCGCAAGCGAGUGGAGAUCUAG